AUGGCGCUAAGGGGAGAAGAAGAGCUCACGACGCAGCUCAUUAACGGCUUCACCGCGACGCACGUGGCCGGGUCCGCGGCGUCGUUCGAGCCGUUGCUGUACGCGACCAGCGCCGUCUUCGCCCUGGGAUUCCUCCGCGGGCCCGGCGUCGCUGGACCUCGCCGUGGUGCACCUCCGUCCUCCUUCCCCGUCUGGCGCGCCACGCCGGCCAACCUCGGGACUGCGGUACGCGAGGCCGCUGCCGGCGUGGCAGAAGCUUCGACCACCCCUCCGACACGCCUCGUCGUGGACCAGAACUUCACCGCCUCGUCGUCGCCGCUCAUCUCCGCGAACCGCCGGUUCGCGCUGCGGCUCGGGAAGACGUACAUGGCGCUGCACAUGGAGUUCGACGGCGGCCGGGCGACGGCGCCCAUCCUGGAGAACGCCACGGCGCCACCGAUCUACGGCCGCCUCGAUGGCCUCGGGUUCUUCGGCCUCUACCUCGAGAGCGGCGGCGGCAGCCAGAGGGUGGACGUGCUGUCGUUCGACACGUUCGCCCUGAACCUCGCCGGCGUCUUCCGGCGGAUGACGCUGGACGACGACGGCAACCUCCGCGCGUACUACUGGACCAGCGACGCCAAGGCGUGGACGUCGGACUACAAGGCCAUCGCGGCGCCAGUGCGAGCUGCCGACGUCGUGCGGCGCGUACGGCCUGAGACCGGCGACCUCUGCAGCAACGGGUCGCGGCAGCUGGAGUUCGACGUGGUGCGGCGGACGCGGGUGUCCGUGGCGUACAAGGAGGAGCUGCCGUUGCAGCCGUUGCAGACGAACACGACGGCGGACGGGUGCGAGCUGGCGUGCGCGGGCAACUGCACCUGCUGGAGCGCGACGCUGGUGUACCAGGCCGACGACCGGAUGGUGGGCUACUUCAAGGUCAGGAAGUCGGCGGCGACGGCGAGCUCGGCCUCGGCGCGGCGAGGCAUGUCGCCGGGCGUUACCGCCGCGAUCGUUGUGCUGUCGCUGGUCCUCGUGGCGCUGGCUGCGGCCGGAGCGUAUUGGGGCUACAGGAUGUGGGAGAAGAGGAAGAGGAAACGGGCCGGGAUGGAGCAGGAGCUUGUGCCGGGGCCGUACAAGGACCCUCAAGUCCAUGGCCAGCUCUAA